AUGGGAAUGUGGGGGAUAUGCAUUCUUGAUAUGGAAGAAAAAUUGAAAAGAAGAAAGUUUGACCAGAAGGUUAAUCGAGAAAUUAUAGCUGAAAUGAUAAUUACACAUGGUGCCCCAUUUAAUAUAGUUGAGUGGCAAGGCUUUAGAAAAUACCAAAAGUUCAUGAAUGAGGAAUGUAGGUGGAUUUCUAGAAAUACCAUUAAAGCUGAUGCAAUGGAAAUUUAUAAGGUUGAGAAAGAAAGGUUAAGGUCACAAUUGGCUCAAAUUUCAGGAAGAAUUUGUCUUACCUCUGAUUGUUGGACUUCAUGCACAAAUCAUGGUUUUAUUUCUUUAACUGCUCAUUUUGUUGAUGUGAAUUGGAACCUGAAUAAUAAAAUUCUCGCAUUUGCUCAUUUAAAACCACCACAUUCGGGACCUCAAUUAGCAUUGAAGGUGAUGAAACUUUUACGAGAAUGGGGCAUAGAAAGAAAAGUUUUUUCUCUCACUUUAGAUAAUGCUUCUGCAAAUGAUAACAUGCAAAACUAUUUGAAAGAGCACCUAGGAUUGUCAAGUAGCUUAUUACUUAAUGGAGAGUUCUUUCAUAUUAGAUGUUGUGCACAUGUCUUGAAUCUUAUUGUUCAAGAUAGAUUAAAGGUGGCAAGUGAUGCAUUACAUAAAAUUAGACAAAGUGUGCAUUAUGUGAGGGCAUCAGAAAGUAGAACAAUUCAAUUUUUUCAUUGUGUUAACAAUGUUGAUGGAAUUGAUACAUCAAUUGGAUUGAGGACUGAUACCCCCACUAGAUGGAACUCCACUUAUAUCAUGCUUGAGAGUGCUAUUAAUUAUCAGCAUGCCUUUUAUAGGUUAAGUUUGUGUGAUCCAAAUUACAAGUUAUGUCCGAGUAUUGUUGAAUGA